AUCCGGUUCACCAUUUUCAGGUAUUCAGGAGCCACAACGGAGAGGAAGUGUAAGAUGCGGCCCAGGGCUCGUGUCAGGGAUUUAGGAAAAUCGUAGAUACUUCGUAUUUGGGUGGAAUGCGAGAGCAGACAAAUUUUCGAGGAGCAGGGUUCAGAGGCGAUGAUUCUCGUUUUGGGUAGCAGACGAGCUUAAAAUAUCAGAACUACGGGAGCUGCCAGGAUUAUCGAAUCACCACGUACUUCAGCACAGUCGGCUCCACCAACAACACGAGCAGCUCCUGUACAGUCAACGUCAUGCCAACAACAUCGAACGAUCGGGCCCUUCGCAACGACAUCAGCACAUUAAAUUUCCCCAAUGUUCACCGUUCGUGGCCCUCGUUUCGUUCAAGUUGGGCGCCUGGCGCCCAACUGCCCCUAAUUUCUCACUAUUGUCACGACCUGUACCACACGCAAAGCCCAUAAAUUCUUUAACUCAAUUCUCUCUUUUCCUCAUACCUCAUUUCUCUCGAACGGAGCUAGGAACAAGGGAAAACCUUUUCUCGGGGGAGCGCAGCGACCCGAGAAUUGAGCUAAUUGAUGUUAAUAAAUCGUUGGUUUCGAUGUUGAAGUUUUAUUUGAUGUUUCAAUAAAAAAACUAACAUUUAUUAUUCAAUCAAUUGAAUAAAUAAACAGAACAGAAAACUUCAGAAAAAUGCAAGAGAAAAGUAGAGAAAAAAGAGAAAAUUGUCUGGAAAAAUUUUUUUCGAACAUUU